AUGCACCUGAAGUAUCUGGAUUUGAGCUUGAACAAUUUUUUUGGAGCUCGUAUUCCUAAAUUCAUUGGCUCCCUUGUGCAUUUAGAAUAUCUCAACCUCUCCCAUGCUGAGUUCAGUGGAUCCAUUCCACUUAAGCUUGGAAACCUCUCGCACUUGCACUUCCUUGAUAUUAGUUGGAAUGGUUAUUAUUUUUAUGAUUCUGGAUGGACCUCCUUACGUGCUGAUAGCCUUCAUUCACUCUCCAAGAUCCCUUCUUUGCACUCGCUUGACUUGUGUUGUGUCAACCUCUUCAAUGCAGCCAACUGGCUUCAUGAGAUGAACAUGCUCCCUUCUCUAUUGGACUUGCAUUUGUCAGGUGCUUUGCCUCCAUUGUUUGGAAAUUUAAGUGCAAUGAAGAGGACACAGAAUGCAGAAAAACCAAUGCUUACAGACUUCAAUGCGUACUAUACAGAGGGCUUAGUAAUGACCACAAAAGGAAUAGAAAUUGAGUAUACCAGUGUGCUCUCAUUUGUAAUGAGCAUAGAUCUCUCACGCAACAAUCUUUCUGGGAUAAUUCCAAUAGCACUGGUAAAUCUCCAUGGAUUGUGUUUCUUGAAUCUCUCUAACAAUCACUUCACAGGAAAGAUCCUGAAAAAUAUUGGUGCCUUGACACAGUUAGAAUCACUUGAUCUGUCGGUGAACAAUCUCUCAGGCAUGAUUCCCUCAACUAUUUCCUCCAUGUAUUAUUUGAAUCACUUGAACUUGUCCAACAAUAACUUAUCUGGAAGAAUUCUAUGGGGAAAACGAUUACAAACAUUCUAUGAUCCCUCUAUUUAUAGUGGCAAUCCUGAUCUUCAUGGAUGGCCUUUUCCAUGGUGCUUUAAUGGUGACCCUUCUAAAAGUCUAUUUCAAAAUGGAGGACAAGAGGAGGAACAUAGAAAUGGCGAUGAGUCUGAAAUGAUAUGGUUUCAUGCUUGCUCUGCACUGGGUUUUGUUAUGGGGCUCUUGGGGUUCAUCUAUGUGCUCAUGAUCAAACGAGCUAUUAGGAUUGCUUAUUUCCACUUGAUUGACAUGACGUAUGAUUACAUCUAUGUGCAAUCAGCAAUAAGAUUUGCCGAAUUGAGUCCAUCUUGCCCAUCUUAA